GACAAGGGAGGGAGUGAUUAUGUAAUUUACCAGAAAGAAAGAAACAAAGCUAAACAAAAACCUCUCUUAAACCCUAGUCACCCACAACACCAGCAAACCAACAUUCAACAAUGGAACUUGAUUCUUCUUCUUCUUCACUAGACACAAAGAUAAACGAGUUAUUAAACGAAGUUCAGCUCAAUUACUCUCCUGCUCUUGCUAACCUUGUAGACGACACCGUUUCAGCCAUCAAACAAUCCAUCAACCGAAUCCCCCAAGACCUUACUGUUUCCGGUGACGAGGCUUCGAAAUUUGUUGAAGAUAUUGGCGCUGAUAAAGUCGAAUUGUUUAAAUUUAAGAAGCCGAAAUCUAUUGAAAUUGGAGGCAGUUAUUCAAUGCAAUGCGUUGCUAAGCCGUCGAUUAAUGUUGAUGUUUUUGUUCAGAUGCCAAAGGAAUGCUUUCAUGAGAAAGAUUAUCUAAAUCACCGAUAUCAUGCCAAAAGGUUUCUUUACCUUUCCAUUAUCAAGAAGUAUUUAAGCUCUUCGCCAUCAUUUCACAAGGUUGAAUGGUCUUUUCUUAAUUUUGAGGCUAGAAAACCUGUAUUGCUUGUCCACCCAGCCAAGAAGCUCGUUGAAGUUCCUGGGUUUUUUGUUAGGAUUAUUCCAACUGCAAAAUUGCUAUUAAAUGUCUCAAAGUUGGAUUUGAAGCGAAAUAAUAUUCGUGCACUGAAUCAAGAAGGGAGUCUUCCACUGCCUACGCCAAGCUACAAUAGCAGCAUUUUGGAAGACAUGUAUAUGGAGGAUGACACAGAUUUUCUUAAGAAAGUGUUUCUUGAAUGGAAGGAAUUGAGGGAGGCUUUAAUUUUGCUUAAAGUUUGGGCUAGGCAGAGAAGUUCUAUAUAUGCCCAUGAUUGCCUUAAUGGGUUUCUGUUGGCCGCCAUACUGUCGUACUUAGCAACUGCUGCGAAGGUUAACAAGUCUAUGAAGCCAUUGCAAAUCAUUCGUGUCACAAUGGACUUUAUAGCCCAUUCUAAAUUAUGGAGCCAAGGGGUUUACUUUCAGCAGAAGCAAGAGGUCAAGGUUUCCAAGGAGGAAAAGAUGCUCUACAAAGAAUCAUUUCCCAUAGUGCUUUGUAAUUCAUAUGGACGACUCAAUUUGGCCUUCCGUAUGAAAAGUAGUACUUUCUUAGAGCUCCAAGACGAGGCUGCUUUAUUGCUUAAGUGCUUAGCCAAAUCAGGUGAUGGUGCAUUUGAGGAAAUCUUCAUGACCAAAAUUGACUUUUGUAGUAAAUAUGAUUAUUGCAUUAGAUUGAACUUAAAAGGAAAUGUCGAUGUCCAUUCAUUGGGAUUUUGCUUGGAUGAGGAAUGUUGGAGAUUAUAUGAGCAAAGAGUAUACAACAUUCUGUGUCAAGGACUGAACGACAGGGCCAAGUUUAUCCGUGUUAUUUGGAGAAAUAUCUAUCCGGAAUGCAGCGUAGAAAAUGGCCUAUCAGCUCUGGAUAAAGAGCCAAUGCUUAUUGGAAUUUCACUAAGCUCUUUGGAUAAAGCAUUAAGAGUUGUUGAUAUUGGUCCAGAUGCUGAAAACAAAGAAGAGGCACUUAAGUUUCGAAAGUUUUGGGGAGAAAGGGCAGAACUUCGUAGAUUUAGAGAUGGCAAAAUUGCUGAAAGCACAGUUUGGGAGAUUGAGCAGGGGGCAAAACAUCUCAUUCUGAAAAGAAUAGUUGAAUAUGUAUUUCUUCGUCAUCUUUCUCUUCCAGAAACAAAUGUUCUACAAGUUGUGGAUCAACUUGAUUUCUCUCUUCUUCAUGGUUCUGAAGAUCCAAUGUCUUUUUCUUCGAGUCUCCUUGCGGCAUUUGAAGUUCUAUCAAAGCGUUUGCAUCUACUUGAAGACAUUCCCUUGAAGAUAUCUAGCGUGCAGCCUUUAGACCCGGCUUUCAGGUUCACAUCUGUCUUCCCUCCUAAACCACACCCAUUAGCAAGUGACAAGGAUUAUGUGCCAAGGUCACAUAAACUCCUGUCAUCAUGCAUUCAGCCUUUGGAAGUUAUGAUUCAGUUGGAAGGUUCAGGAAAUUGGCCAAUGGACAAGGUAGCAAUUGAGAAAACUAAAUCUGCUUUCCUUCUUAAAAUUGGAGAGAGUCUUCAGAAUAACUGCGGGAUGACAUGUACUGCUACUGAGGAUGACGUAGACAUUUUUGUUUCUGGAUAUGCAUUCCGUCUUAAAAUUUUGCAUGAGAGAGGCUUGAGCUUGGUGAAAAAGGAAAUUGGAAAUCAUAAAGUCAAGCAAGUCCCUUUGGUAGAUAAGAAACUCUUUGUUCGUAGCCAGCAUUCCAGCAUUGUCAAUGGUUUACAGGGUCUGUAUCCAAUGUAUGGGCCAGUGGUCAGGCUUGCAAAACGAUGGGUUGCUUCACAUCUCUUUUCAGCUUGCUUGGUAGAGGAGGCUGUUGAAUUACUGGUUGCUUAUCUCUUUGUGAAACCUUUACCAUUUACUGCCCCUUGUUCACGUAUAACUGGAUUUUUAAGGUUCUUGCGACUACUAGCUGAAUAUGAUUGGACCUUUUCUCCUUUGAUUGUUGACCUAAAUAAUGAUCUGUCCCCAAACGAUAUGAAAGAGAUUUAUGAUAACUUUUCAUUAAGCAGAAAAAGUUAUGAAGAAAACAUGAAAAAUAUAAGCACAUCAAUGUUCUUGGCAACAUCCUACGACAAGGAUUCUGAUGCUUGGACUGGAACCGCUCCAAACAUACUGGAGCUUAAGAGGUUGGUGGCCUAUGCUCGUAGUAGCUCGAACUUGCUAACCAGACUCAUAUUGGAGGAUCAGACCGACUCUUACAGCUGGGAGUGUCUUUACCGAACUCCUUUGAACAAUUAUGAUGCUGUAAUUUUUCUCCAUGGAGACAGAUUACCAUAUCCUCAGCGUCUUCUCUUCCCUUCCAAGCCAAACAAAGGAACACUUGUAGCUCAUGGGAAUGCUACCAAAACUUUCCAGCCCUUCAUGUUGUCUAGCGAUUUGAGGGGAAGUUUAGAGAAACUAAAAGACAAGCUUAUGGUGGACUUUGAUCCUUUGAGAUGCUACAUUGCAGAUAUACAGAAAGAGUUUGAAGAACUGAAAUUGUGGUAUGAUUCUCUAGGAGGUGAUGUUAUUGGAUUAACAUGGGACUCAAAGAAACGGGGACGAGAUGAAGCAAAUGCAGGAGAAGAUCCAAUUCAUGUGUUAAAAGCUGUUGGUGAAGCUGGGAAAGGAUUUGUAAAGAGCGUACAUUUUCUGAAGGCGCGGAAGCUCGAAAGUUGAGGUUUAGUUUACCUGGGCUAGAAUUUAGUUAAGUAAAAUGUUCCAUGGUACUGCAUGUGUUGCCAUAGUUUUGAAGAAACAUUGUGGAAAUCUGCAUAUUCCUUUUAUAGGUUUCAAUCUUUCGAGUCCAAAGAGGAGAGGGAAAGGCAAUUUUGGUGUCCUAGUGUAGCUAUUCGGUACCACUUUUGUUGUAUCUUUUAGUAUGAGGUUCUUAAGUCUUCAAUUAGCAGUAUGAGGGUUAGAUAAAUCAAUUUUAAAAAUAUUAAAUUGAUUUUGAAAAAUUUGAUAAAUUUUUAACGAAUUGAUCAAAUUGAGAUAGAUUUAUAA